AUGGCAUCACCGAGGGCUCUGCGAGAGUGGUGCCGCGACACAUGCGCCGGUUACCCCGAGGUGGACAUAAAGAAUAUGUCGGCCUCAUUCAGAGAUGGACUUGCAUUUUGCGCCAUCAUCCAUAAACACCGGCCUGACUUGAUUGAUUUUAGCUCCCUCUCCAAAGAUAAUGUCUAUCACAAUAACAAACUGGCGUUUGAGGUUGCAGAAGCAAAGCUGGGCAUCCCUGCAUUGCUGGACCCAAAGGAAAUGGUUUCCACCAAGGUGCCCGACUGUCUGAGCGUCAUCACCUACCUUUCGCAUUACCACUGCUUCUUCAACAGGAAGUCUCAUGCAGGUCCUGCGAGUCUGAGGUCAUCACACGUCGCUGUCUUAAACAAUCUCACCAAGAUCUCAUCCCCCGAUGGUCUGAAAGUCCUGAAGAGCGUCACUCAUCUGGAAACCAGUGACCAUCAUUUAUCCAACACAAGGCCGCGGGCGGUGUGUAAUCUGUGUUUCAAACCCGUCCACCUCAUACAGAGACAUUUGGUCGAUGGAAAGAUCUACCAUCGCAGCUGUUUCAGGUGCAAAGUGUGUCACAGCACUCUCUUACCAGAGUCGUACACACAGGGAAGUGAUGCCGGCUCGUUGAUCUGCACUCACCAUUUAACAGACAGUCAAAGUUCUCGUGUUGACCUCGGGCAACAAACUGGAUCUACUGACAGUCGUCCACAAUGUAAAUUUCAGGCAGGUUAUUUAUCUCUCAGUGGAUUGGCCAUCAGCAGCGUCCCUCAUUACACUAAGAAAACAGAGUCACAGGACAGACAGGUUUGUCAAACAGCAGAGAUGGAGGGAAGAGAAAGGUGGGAGAGGAGCAGAGAAAACAACAAGUCAACUGUCGCACUGAAGAGCACGGCAAAGAAGCCAGCACCUCCUUCUCCUCCUCGGCCCAGCGUUAAAGACGGGACAGCCGCAGGAGCUGGGUCUGCACCCGUCCUGUCAGACGGCAAGAAGGAAGCAACGGAGACUCAGCCGCCGUCUGAGCUCUCCUCGCCGUGUGUGCGGUCGACAGAAGGAAGUGCUCAGCCCGUCCCAGCACCCAGGAGAAUGUUCGACUCCCCUGUGGUCCCUGUCCCUGCACCCAGGGCCAAAACUACCCACGCAGCUAACGGCUCACCUGCUGCAGGCAAAUCGACCAACCAAAGUAAAUCUGCCCUCGGUUCAUCUCACAUCACCAGCCCGACCGCUGGCAGCCCUAAAGUGAAAACCAACCACCCGUGGAUGGCCAUCGUCCAUCCCGGGCCCUGGACGCAGCUGCCUCCCGCCCCGGCCCCGGUGCCCACUCCUCGAUCCAAAUCUCUCUCCAACCUGCGGGGGUCCUGGUACAGACCAAAAGUAGCCCCUCCCAAUCCAUUUGCAGAGGACGUGGAUGAGGACACUCAGGCGGAGAAGUCUGCGCACCCCACUGAGUCCUCGGAGGACGGUGGCGGUCGCACGGAGGCUGCUGCCAUUAAAUCUGAGGACAAUAAUGUAAAACCGCUGGAUAAACCCAGUGAAGCAAACAGACCAGAUGUGACUGAGGCGGGUGGAGCUGCAGGACGUGACCCGGCAGAGCGAAGGAGUGCAGUGACUGACACAGUGGAGGCUUCCAUUGAACCGGCUGCAAACACAAGUCAAAUGGAUUCACAUGCUCUGGGUGAAAAUGGAAGCACAGGUGUCUCACAGCCAGAUGUGACUGAAGCGGCUGCAGGUCGCUUUUUACCCAAGAGUCUUUCUGUGCCGGUUAUCACAUGUGUCCACUCUCAAAGGUCCUCAGUGCCUGUUGGUGUAGCAGAGGCACAAGAGUCUGUCACAUCAUGCCAAAGUAAGCCGGCCUGCAAAGAGAAUCCCUUUGAUCGGAAACCUGCAAUAUCCAAAUCAAAGACUUUCCAGGACCUCCCAUCGAGACGGGCUCCUGCCCCGGGACAUGGCUUCCCACUCAUCAAGAGGAAGGUGCAGACGGACCAACAUGUUUCUACAGAAGACCUGCAGACAGAGAUGGGAGAACUGGAUAAACAUCUGGAGGCGCUGGAACAAAGAGGAGUGGAACUGGAAAGACAUCUGAGAGACUGCAAGAACGCUAAAGACGAGGAACGAAUGCUGAUGGAGUGGUUCUCUCUUAUCCACGAGAGACACGCUCUGGUGCGCAGAGAUACGGAGCUGGUUCACCUGACAAAGCAGAAGAAGUUAGAGGAGAGACAGGCAGAUGUGGAGUAUGAGCUGCGAUGUCUCCUUAAUAAACCUGAGAGCGACUGGAGUCAGGAGGAUCGAGGUCGAGAGCGGAAGCUGAUGGACGAGCUGGUCGCCAUCAUCGAACAGAGGAACCAGAUCGUCAGCAGCUUGGAUCAGGACAGGCAGAGGGAAAGAGAGGAGGAUGAGCUCUGGGAAGCCUCGCUGAAGAAUAAAGAGUUCCAGAAAGAGGAACUAAAAGAGCUCAAGAAGUCAAAAGGAAAGUUCAGGCCCACAAAGGUUUUUAAGCUGCUGAACCAUAAAGCAGAGAGCAGCAAAGACUCCUCAGACAAAAAGAGCUGACGCACCGUCACGACUGUAGAAAUGUUACUGACACGAAACUCUCGUAGACAACAAACUCAUUUGUACCUUUAGAUGAUAAAAGUGUUGAUAUUUCUUUUACCACAGAAGAAGAUCAUCAUAUGAAAGAUUAGUUAAUGAAGACAUGUCUGUGCAAAUGAUUCCGUGUUAUGUUCUCUUCCUUGUUCAUCUUUACUUGCCAUAUCUGCUAUAUGCAACCAGUAUUUAUG